UUUCCCUUGAUUUUUUUAGGCUUUCGUUAUUCGUUUAACCGAAACGUGGGAUUAAAAGUGGUGUGUGCGGAUAUCAAUAAUUUUUUGGAAUGCUUACCGCGGGAUCAGCAAGUUCUGGUCCUUCUCUGCGUAAUCAUCAACAGCAACGUAUGUGGCCAGCUAACGGCGAGCGUCCCAGUGACGAAGACGAUGUCGCGCGGAGCAGUGACGAAGAGGAUGAAGAUGAGGAUGUGGAGGAAGAGGCUGAUGAUCGUGGAAACAAACGGGUCCAGCUGAGCACUUUACAAGAAAGGUCAACCGAUGCCUAUGCCGAACGAGCAUUGAUUGUUUGGAGUCCUUAUGAAGUUACGGAUGUUGAAAAGCUUGAGGAGUAUAUCAAGAAUGCGGAGAAAAUUGGAUUUCACAUUGAGCAGGCUUUGGGGCUGCUUGCGUUUCAUAAACACUCUAUGAAAGAAGCCUUGGAGGAUCUUCCGAAUUACGAGCCCUUUCCCGAUGACUGGUCACCUCAGGAUAAACUUUUGUUCGAGAAUGCAUUCGAAAUACACGGGAAGAAUUUUAAGAGACUCCAACUUAUGCUCCCUGAAAAAUCGAUUGCAAGUUUAGUCAAGUACUAUUAUUCGUGGAAGAAGACACGCCUGAAGUCGAGCUACAUCGACAAAUGCAUGGAGAAAUCCACGUUGCCUCGUCUUGUCGGAGAUGGAAGUACCGCCGGAGACUUGACUGAACUCCUUGCACACAUCACGGAUCAUUGGUCAGAAGAACGUUCGACAAUUUGUUCGAACUGCUCAAUACCCAUGCAGAUCCCGCUUCCGACUGCAUUUGGAAGCCAGUGCUCAACUUGCUACAAACAUUGGGCUGUGACGGGGAAUCACAGGCCUUUGGUCACAUCUGUGCGACGAGCAUUUGCUGGACUAAAUAACGUUGUCAAUGGCGGUAGUGGAGAUGUCACGCCCGCAAAAGUUCAUGACGACUCCACGUCUUCCGCAGAAGUGUCACCCGAUUCGAAGAUUAAAGGUCGCGUGCGACCUCCGAAGGGAAUUUCUGUUGAUCACGAUGAUCUGCUUAUGAUCGGCAGCCAAAGUGUUGAGGAAAACUUGAACAUGCUCAAGAAAUUAGAUGACAAAGUUCAAAGCCUGCGACAAUUGGUUCAGAAGCAAAAACAGUGGAUCGCCAUGAACGAGCGAGAAUUAUUCAUGGAUGAGGAAACAUUGUUGGAAUUGGAAGCGAUUGAUUUGGGAGAUGCUGGUGAUAAGGCUGUUGAAACUGGGGAAGAAGAUGAAUUUGUGACGGACGAAAACAAUUCCAAUGCUGAUAGUGAAGCUGCCGCUGCCUCGAAUGGCAGUAGUGAUAAUGGCAACAGAAGUGGCCGAUCCAAAGCGCGUUGGACGAAGGAUGAAAUAUUGAUCGUCGUCGAAGGAUUUCGUAGAUUCGGUGUCAACUCCGAACACGUUGCCAAGCUGUUGGAGAAUAGAACCGAAAAAGAUCUGCUCAAGUUUUUGAGCUCUGCGAGCGCGAAUGGCUAUUCAACUAUUUUCUUGGAAGCCUUAAAGGACUACGAAGCUGUGCAUGGCCGAAUUCCAGAUUCAGACCUCGUUCGCAAGGUGAUUUCCGGCAAAGUUUCUCUUCCGUCUUCGGGACCUGGAUCUGUGUCUGCAACUGCUGGCAGUCAGCAGAUUUCCGUGACUCCUCGUGGAACAGGAAGCAAAGGAUCUCCGAAAAAUGCCAAUACCGGCGCAAAAUGAUACGAUUCGUGUGUUUAUUUUUACGCGUGUAUUCGUAUUCUUGCAUGCAUGAAUGAUUGAAUUUUAUCACCCGGUAGAAUUUUACAUUUGAUUUCGUAUUCGCUUUGUUGUCCCGAAAGUCAUACUUCGGUCGACAACGAGCGCCAGUUUUUUAAGAAUCUGUGAAAAACAUAACAAUUCACUGUUCUUUAAGUUUGGAUGUAUGUACAGUACUGCACAUCAUUUUUGUGUUCCGUAUGCUUGUACAAGUUUCGGAUGCUUUGGGGAUUACUAUUUUUGAGCAUUUGUCUAAAGUUCUGAAAUCGUUUUGGCAAGGUGGAACAUUCUCCGCGAGGCUUUAAAAUCUUCUUAAUCGAAAAUGAUUUUUUACGAUGUUGUUGGUAGAAAUUUCGAUGCUCGGAGAUGUGUUGAACUAAGAACCUGCGCUUGAGAAAACUGCAUAUCCUUCGCUUCCGUCUACUGUUAACUAGCAGUUUUGCAAAUUGACUUCAAAUUUGAGCGUAUGCACAAAACCACUUUCGACGACUACCGAAUAUUUGGCGCGGAAAAAGCGUUCGUUCGCAGAAUUUCGAUUCCACCAUACAAUUUUUUUUAGCGUACUGCCGAAAGCUGAAUGCAUCAUAAAUUUAAAUUCAGUCAAGUCUUGAAUGCAAAGACUUGACUGUACCGGGUGAACAUGUUAAUGCAAUUUGAUCGAAAUUAAUUUUGUUCUCCCUGUUCGUUCGGCUGAUGAAUUGAAUUCGGCAGUGUUAUAUUCCUGCGUUUUGUACCAACGCCAUGAGGUUUACUUUCAAGUGAGGAGUCAAAGCAGCAAAAUUGAACCUCAGAAUGUGGUUAUUGAGGUACAGAUGAAAGAAUUCUCUGCAUACGGUCGGGAUUCAAGUAAUUUACUGAAGUCUGUUUCUCUUGGAUUUUUUUUUUUUUUUGCAAGAAGAGCGAGUGUGCGGAUUGUAUGACGGAAGAUGCGAAGAACAGUCAAGAUUCAAGUUGAUGAAAAAAAAAGUUCGAAGUGAAUUUGUUAAUUCCGGAAGCUUCGAUAUUUCUUAGCGUAUCCGUAGCUGACUCCUCUUAACCAAUGUACCUCAAUGUGUUUCACUUUCUUGAUCAGCGGAGAGCUGAUUGUUUUGUGAAUAGCUCUUGUUGCUUCUGAUUUUGAUCGAUUUCCUGUCAAUUCAUGAGAAGAAAUUUGGAAGGUACAAUUUGAAA